CAUACGACGAACGAAACGUCAUUGUUUAUUGGUGUUUGCGUUCUUCGGUAAUAUUGUUGAUACAUAUUGUUGUAUUAUUUUAUUGUUAUUGGUAUUAAUUUGAGAUUAAAUCGCGAUUAGUUUAUAUGAAACAAAACAUGCAACCUUCGGAGGAACAUCUGCUUUCACUCAAAGUCAUGAGACUGACGAGACCAACUUUGUCAAGUCCUAACCCAGUGACCUGUGAUGGCAAAGAUUUGCUUGGGAAUCUCCUCAAUGAAGCUCUGCAGAAGGAAGCCAAUGCUGUGCAGGGCGCCGAAACACUUGCAACUGGCCAAUUCUUGCUGCUCCCACAGAGCCCCGUCAACAUAUACCUGGGUGAAACAUUCUCCAGUCUUAUAAGCGUCUACUCGGAGAGCGGCCAACCAGUUAACAAUAUUUCCUUGAAAGUAGAUCUUCAGACAAGUUCUCAGCGAUUGCCGUUAUCCAGUAACCCGCCGUUGGCAGAGAUGAAUUCCGAUGAGAACAUCAACGUGGUCAUCCAUCAUGAGGUCAAGGAAAUCGGAACGCACAUACUUGUGUGUGAGGUCACUUACAACAAUACGAUGGGGCUGCAGACGUCCUUCAGGAAGUUCUUUAAGAUCCAGGUGUUGAAACCGCUCGACGUGAAGACAAAAUUCUACAACGCCGAAAACGACGACGUUUACUUGGAAGCCCAAGUGCAGAACAUCACCUCCGGCCCCAUAUGCCUGGAGAAGAUCGCCCUGGACGCCUCCAACCUGUUCAACGUGACUUCGUUGAAUUUCGUCCCGGGCAGCAGCGGCGAAGAGAGCGUUUUCGGAAGGACGACCAUCCUGCAGCCGAACACGACCUGCCAGUUCCUCUACUGUUUGACUCCCGAUCCGAAACUCUCGUCCGAUCUAAAGAUGCUCAGCGGCGCCACCAAUAUCGGUAAGCUCGACAUUGUUUGGCGAUCGAAUUUGGGCGAGAGGGGUCGUCUGCAAACGAGUCAACUGCAGAGAAUGGGUCCGAAUUACGGAGACGCUAGACUGACACUCGUCGAGCUGCCGAACUUUGUGGUUCUCGAAGAGCCCUUUACCUUUCGAUGUAAAUUAACAAACAACUGCGAUAGGACGCUUGAUCUUGUCGUGUCACUGGACGAGAGCGAAGGCUUGACCUGGUGCGGAAUCAGUGGACGCAAGAUGGAAUCGCUUCCUCCGCACUCGCACAUGGACAUGGAAUUCAAGGCUAUUCCGUUACAGCCGGGCUUGAAGUCGAUCAGCGGCAUCCGGCUGGUCGAUGCGUCACUCAAGAGAACGUACAAUUACGACGACAUCGGUCAAGUGUUUGUAGUCAUAUAAAUGUUACGUCUUUUUUGUUGUCGUUGUUCUGGUCGCUCUUAAAAGCAGUAGUAAUAAUAAAGGAACGUAACUACC